GCUCUCUGUGUGUGUGCCAUGUUGUGACUGAGACAGCAGAAUUAUUUCACUACGUUCGGUAAUUAAUUCUUUCACUUCGGUGAAGAUUCGCCCCUUUGCAGGCCAGAUUUCAUCGAAGAGGGGUUCAGCAGCACCUCCUGGGGUUUGUUUUGGUUUCUCGCUGGUGAAGUCGGCCCCUCCGCCUGUGCCAAGCUGUCGGACAUGUCGGGCCCGGUGCCGAGCCGAGCACGGGUUUACACGGAAGUGAACACGCACCGUCCCCGGGAAUACUGGGAUUACGAGUCCCAUGUGGUGGAGUGGGGGAAUCAGGACGAUUUCCAGCUGGUGAGGAAACUGGGCCGGGGAAAGUACAGCGAGGUGUUCGAGGCCAUCAACAUCACCAACAAUGAGAAGGUGGUGGUGAAGAUACUGAAGCCGGUGAAGAAGAAGAAAAUCAAGCGUGAGAUAAAGAUCCUGGAGAACCUGAAGGGAGGUCCGAACAUCAUCUCACUCAUCGACAUCGUCAAAGAUCCGGUGUCCCGAACUCCUGCGCUGGUUUUUGAACACGUGAACAACACGGACUUCAAGCAGCUGUACCAGACGCUGACAGACUUCGACAUUCGCUUCUACAUGUACGAGAUAUUAAAGGCUCUCGAUUACUGCCACAGUAUGGGCAUGAUGCACAGAGACGUCAAGCCACACAACGUCAUGAUCGACCACGAACACCGGAAGCUGCGUCUGAUCGAUUGGGGUCUGGCGGAGUUUUACCACCCGGGUCAGGAGUACAACGUCCGAGUCGCCUCCCGAUACUUCAAAGGACCGGAGCUUCUCGUGGACUAUCAGAUGUACGAUUACAGUUUGGACAUGUGGAGUCUGGGCUGCAUGUUGGCCAGCAUGAUCUUCAGGAAGGAGCCGUUCUUCCACGGCCACGACAACUACGAUCAGUUGGUGAGAAUAGCUAAAGUGCUGGGAACUGAAGACCUGUACGAUUACAUCGAUAAGUACAACAUCGAGCUGGACUCGCGCUUCAACGACAUACUGGGAAGGCAUUCGCGUAAGAGGUGGGAGAGGUUCGUGCACAGCGAGAACCAGCACCUGGUGAGCCCAGAAGCUCUGGACUUCCUGGAUAAGCUGCUGAGAUACGACCAUCAGGCCAGGCUGACGGCACGAGAAGCCAUGGAGCACCCGUACUUCUACCCGGUAGUGAAGGACCAGCCUCGGAUGGUGGGAUCCACCAGCGUGCCAGCGAACAACCCUGCAGUGAGCACUGCCAGCAUGAUCACAGGAAUCGCCGCUCUUCCCUCCUCCACGGCUCUCGGACCGCUGGCCGGCUCGCCCGUCCUCCAGGCCGCCGCCAACCUUGCCACUGCCGUUCCAGCGGCUGCCGGCGCUCCUCAGUGACGCCGCCGUGGCCGCGCCGAGGGACGACCUCCCAUGAUCUGGGUUCAGCCUGCAGGGGAUUGUGGGACGGCGAUGUUCCUCCCCGAAUCCCCUCCACACCUCUUCUACAAUACAGCUGGAGUUUAACGGACUCGAUGGUUUACCUGAACCAUACAGACAGUCACCUGUGCUGUGUGUGUGUGUGUGUGUGUGUGUGUGUGUGUGUGUGUGUGUGUGUGUGUGUGUGGAUGAAAGUGAUGUUAAGCACAUUUUUCUCACAAUAAUUAAUAAAACGAGCUUUUAUGUUUGAA